AUGCCGCUCCAGUCGCCUAUCAACUUUCCGAAAUGGAUCGAAGAGAACAAGCAUUUACUGAAACCGCCUGUUGGCAACAAAUGCCUCUACAAAGGCGAAAACUUUAUCACCAUGAUCGUCGGCGGGCCCAACACCCGGGUCGAUUUCCACAUCAACACGACGGAAGAAUGGUUCUACCAGUACAAAGGGGCGAUGGUGCUGAAGGUGGUGGAUGAGGGGGAGAUUAGGGAUAUUGUGAUUGGGGAGGGGGAUAUGUUUUUGUUGCCUGCAAACACGCCGCAUUCGCCUAGGAGGGUUGCGGAUACGAUUGGGGUUGUUAUGGAGCUUAUCCGUCCGGGAGAUGCUAUCGACAAGAUGCGAUGGUACUGCCCCAACCCUACGCACACCGCGCUCACGCAGAUUAGGGAAGUGACGUUCCACUGCUCGGAUCUGGAUACGCAGUUGAAGCCGGUGAUCGAGAGAUGGAUGGGGGAUGAAGAGUGGAGGAGGUGUGGGGAGUGUGGGGAGGUUGCGCCGGGCAAGUGA